CCGUGAUGUCAACACUAUAAGACAGCACAGUAUCCGCGCAUAUGAGUUGAAACAAUCCACAGAUCGAAAUCGAAACUUACACAGCGGCCUCUAGCAUCGAGUCUCAUCGACAAUCAAUCAGACCAAAAUGGCGACCCCAGUUUGGUUCAUUACCGGAAGCUCCAACGGCCUUGGCCUGCUUCUCAGUCUGAGAGUCUUGAAAGCAGGACACAGAGUCAUUGCAACUGUUCGGGACACUACAAGAUCAGCCGAUGCUGUCCGCCAAAUCGAAGAAGCUGGCGGAAAGAUCGUCACCAUUGACCUGACUGAAUCCAAGGCCAGCAUUACCAAGAAAGUCCAAGAUGCAGAGAAGGUUUAUGGGAGGAUCGACUUCUUGGUGAAUAACGCCGGGUACUCCGUCUUGGGAGGCAUCGAGUUUUUUACGGAGGCCGAAGCCGAACAUCAGAUUCAGACAAACUUAUUUGGUCCUCUAUACACCAUUCAAGCUGCCCUCCCCGGAAUGAGGGGCCAGGGUUCCGGUACCAUCAUCAACAUUAGCAGUAUCGCUGGCCAAGAUGCCCAACCCAGCUGCGGAAUCUACAGUGCCAGCAAGUUUGCUCUCGAAGGUUUGAGCGAGAGUCUAUCUAAGGAGGUCAAAGAGUUUGGUAUCAAUGUUUUGCUGGUUGAGCCCGGUGCGUUCCGUACAAAUUUCCUCGAGGCCUGCGUCAAGAGCAAUAUUUCUGGCGAAAAAGCAUAUCAAGGAACGGUGUUGGAAGCAACACUCCAGAAGUUUGACAAGGCUGCUGGAAAGCAGGCCGGAGAUCCCAGUAAGGCCGUGGACAUCAUCUUCGAAGUGGCCACGGGCGAGGGAGCAGCAGGUCACCUUAAGGGAAAGAUCCUGAGAUUACCAUUGGGCCCAGAUUGCUUUGCUCGUCUAGAGAAGAAGCUUAAUUUUCUUCAGCAUGAUAUUGAAGCAACACGAGAGAUUGGUAUCACGACGGACCUGGACGAGAAGUAGACUGGCAUAGCUUAAUUCACAAGGUGAUCAACCUAGAUGCUACAAAAAGACCGCCAGUUCUUAAAAAGAAAAAGGAUUACGACCGGAAAUUAUCAGCUAGAGUCCCAUUUGAGUAAUCCAAGAUACGUCUGGAUGAAAGACAAUGCAUACAUACCCAUUAGCAUAUCGGCCCAGGUUGAAAUACAGAUGGCUUGGUUUGAUGUCCUGCACAACGAACUCUUUGUCAUAAUGAAAGCACAUUCCAUCCAGUCCUCAAAAGCAAAUUGGUUCACAGGUUUGUCAAAACCUAAGUCAACAUUUAUGAAAGCACAAAGACCGACUUAAAGGCCGGCGUUGUGGAACAAGACAAGUGUCGAGUAAACACCAUGGUGUCUUUGUUCGGAAAUAGCAACAAUGGGCCCAGCAAAGCCAGAUUGUCAGCCCAAGACGUGUUUACAGACUGAACACUUUAAAUCAUGCCUUAUGAAAGGGAUGAAUGAACUUUGUAGUCACAUAAUAGUGUAUGGAACGGAAGGAGCUUAUAAGGCCAGGUGCCGAGCCAUGAUUUCUACUGAAUAUUAACCCAAUG